AUGGCACCCCUAUACCUUCCGCCUGGAUACGACUUUGACGCCCAGCACGACGGCACCGAACACCUUGCCAUCAACAACACCUGGUUACGCCGCUUCUUGACACGACUAGCGCUGCGUACUACGGCGAAGUUCUAUUCACGAGACGGUCUCUGCGUACCCAUCUCAAAUCACAGAAUCGUCAAGACAGGCAUCCGCACCCAUCUGACAGAAGUCAUGGAAAGGAUUCAGGGCGAUGAGCUACCGGCAGUCUUAAAUGUUCUGUCCCCAGAAGCGCUCGAGUGUUUUUUGCAGCUGAGAAAAUUCAUCCAGGAGCUACGCGCUCUCAAACCUCUAACCACUGGAGUAGAAAGCUGCGUUGGCGGUUCAUUGUUCGAUUCCCGUAUACCCCGGGGAAAUCCUCGAUUCGGCCCUUUCACGACAAUAAAAAACUUUCAUUUCUGGCUCAGAGAUAACCUGAAGCCCGAGGAUCUCCAAGCCCAGAAGAGGGAUCAAGAUUGGCAUGACCUCCAGAAAAUGAUGGAUCGGCAAGAUGGGCCAUGUCCUCCGCCAGUUUUCACUCAUGGUGAUCUGAACCCGUUCAACAUUCUUGUUCGUGAGGGCAAAGUGGUCGGAAUCAUUGACUGGGAGUUCUCAGGAUGGUAUCCUCCCUACUGGGAAUAUACAUCGGCCUGGUUUGGCAACAUUACGAGACUCGAAUGGCAGAGCAAGCUUGAUAAGUUUCUCGAUCGACCACCUCUUGAAGACUUUGAGAUGGAGAAAGUUCGCAAUAAAUGGUGGGGUGAAUGCUGA